UUUUAAUUCAGUCUACGAAGAGAUUUCAAAGCGAACGGUUGGAAUUGAAGAAGAACUAAAAGUAUUUGAAAUUAAACUAGCGGUUGUUCAAUAAUAAUACAAAAAUAAUAAAUAUUUUAAUGACAAAACAAAAAAAAAAAAGAAAGAAUCUAGAUAAUUUUUUGUGUGUUUUGGUUUAAUUAUUUAAUGGAUAAAACAAAAAUUUACGACAUCUUUGAUGAAAAAUUAAUUACAAAAAAGUGUAUGUGAAUAAUUAACAAAAUAAAUUUAAAUAAAAAACAAAAAAAUUGAAAAAAUCAAAAAAAAAAAAAAAAAAAAAUUAAACCGAAGAAAUUGUGCAAAAUAUAAUAAAAUAUUAAGAGAACAAGAAAAGAAUAAAUAACUCACCUCAACAGCAUUUGGAUUAAGCUCUAUUGUUUCCUUUGGGUCGAUGCCAACAAACAAAAACUCAAUAAACAGAAACAACAAAAUCCAAAGUAACUCUGCUGCUCAUUGUGUCUGGGUUGGUUGUUCCAAAAAAACAAAAGCUGAACAGAAAAACAACCACCUUUUUUUUAAACAAAAGCAACAAUAACAAAAAAUACUGUCAUCACUUGAAAAGUUUAAAUCGCAGUUUAAUUUGAAACAUACAUAAAUUUCUUGCAAUUUUUUUUUUCAAAAAAAAAAAAAAUAUUCUCCUUAAAUUUAUUGCUAAGAAAAACAAAGAAACCAGCAGACAGUCAGACAGACAACUUGAACAACAUCUUCAGUUAAAUAUAUAAAAAAACAAAUUUUAAAGUCUGUCAAUAUUUCGCUUGUUAUUAUCAAACAAAAUUGUAGCUACUUAAUUGGAUUUUGUUUGUUUUCAUUUGCAUUUACACAUGAAAUGUGCUCCAUGAUUAAAUCAUCUUGUUCCUCAGCGUCAUCUUUAUUGAUUGUAUGAAUCCCAGUUAUUAUAAGUUACAAAUGCUAAUCUCUGCAACUUCUAAACACCCAUAAAAACUCAUCUAAUUUUGGCUUCGUUAUUUUAAAAAACCGCCUCACCCGUGGCGGUGGUGGUUGGUUGGGCAUUUUACUAUUUCUUUACAAAACUACUUCUCUCUACCGUUUAUUUAAAUUUAAGUUUAAUUCAAUUGUUUUCUGUGUGUCAAGUAAUCUAUAAAACUAAGUCAAAAUUGAGUUUAUCAUGGAUCAUGCGGUGAAAGCUACACGUGGACGUCCCUGGAAUACACUGCGUUUUGAAAAUGACGAAUUAGAGUGUCUGUAUCAACGUUAUACGUUGAAAUUGCAACGCUUCUCGGUGCUGGGUGUAGUGGCUUUGGUUGUGGUGCUUUGUGGUGUUAUGGCAGCUUUAUCUUUAGCUUAUAAUAAUGCUCCUACUUUUCAUAAUGUCUUCAAUUCAUUUGUGUGCCUGUUAUUUGCCAUAAUUUUAAUAUUGUUACAAUGUCGCGUGAUCAAAGAUCAUCAUUUACCCUGUCUGUGUUAUGGCAUUUUAUUGUUUACUGCUGCCAUUUGUAUUGUAUCGAUGCCAACUUUAGGUUCCGUGUUUCCGGUGGAUACCAAAGAGGUCAUGGCCGAAGGUGUUUGGCAAAUAGUAUUUGUGGUUUUUUUGGCGUAUGCCAUGAUGCCAUUGCAAAUCUGGGAAGCUGUUUGUUUUGGCAUAAUCCUACCAUUGGUGCAUAUUAGUUUAACUGUAUAUAAAAUAUUUACAGAUUCAUUUCGUUACUUGGAAUAUAAUCAGCUUAUUGCCAACAUUGUUAUGUUUAUUGGUGUUAAUGUGGCCGGUCUCGUGGUCAACAUUAUGAUGGAACGUGCCCAACGUCGGGCAUUUCUAGACACACGCAACUGUAUAGCAGCGCGUCUAGAGAUACAGGAUGAGAAUGAGAAACUAGAAAGGCUCCUAUUGUCGGUACUACCUCAGCAUGUAGCAAUGCAAAUGAAAAAUGAUAUACUCUCACCGGUGGCUGGACAAUUUCAUCGGAUUUAUAUACAAAAGCAUGAGAAUGUUAGCAUUCUGUUUGCGGAUAUUGUUGGCUUUACCGUAUUGUCCUCCCAGUGUAGUGCACAGGAAUUAGUAAGACUGUUGAAUGAACUCUUUGGUAGAUUUGAUCAAUUAGCUCAUGACAACCAUUGUUUACGUAUUAAAAUCUUAGGAGAUUGUUAUUAUUGUGUGUCGGGUCUGCCCGAGCCACGCAAAGAUCAUGCCAAAUGUACAGUAGAAAUGGGGCUUGAUAUGAUAGAUGCAAUAGCUUCGGUGGUGGAGGCUACCGAUGUCAUGUUAAACAUGCGUGUCGGCAUUCAUACGGGUCGUGUUUUAUGUGGAGUUUUAGGUUUACGUAAAUGGCAAUUUGAUGUGUGGUCCAAUGAUGUAACCUUAGCCAAUCAUAUGGAAUCGGGUGGUGAACCGGGUAGAGUGCAUGUAACCCGUUCCACUUUAGAUGCUUUGUCGGGUGAAUAUGAGGUAGAGGCUGGCCAUGGUGAUCAGAGAUCAUCGUAUUUAAGAGAUCAUGGGGUGGAUACAUAUUUUAUAGUGCCACCACCACACAGGCGUAAGCCUUUAAUGUUAAACACCUUAGGUGUCCGUUCAGCUAUUGGUUCUCGUCGUAAAUUAUCCUUCCGCAAUGUUUCGAAUGUGGUCAUGCAAUUGCUGCAUACCAUUAAAUUUUCCGAACCCGUGCCAUUUUCAAAUAUAGCCACUGGUUCAUUUCCUUCCUCUGCUGGCAGUGGCGGCGGCAGAGGCAGCACAGCGGGCGGUGAAAAUCAAUUGGAAAAAAGUACUAGAAAGUCCAAAGUAACCGAUAAAUUUAAGAGACCUUUUCGCAAGCGUCACUCUUCGGUUCAUCAUCAGCCUACGAAUCGUGUCAAUCGUUUUCUCUCUCAGGCCAUAAAUGCUCGUUCGGUGGAUUGUGAUAAAUCUGAGCAUGUGGAUCGUAUAUCUUUGAAAUUUCGCGAAAGCGAUAAGGAAAGAGAAUAUCGUAAAGAUUUCGAUUUAGGUUUUACCACCGCCAUGGGCUGUUCUCUUUUGCUGUUGAUAUUGGGGGCUGCCCUACAAGUUACUGCUUUGCCCAGAACUUUGAUAUUGUUGUUACUAUUUCUGACGGCUUUCGUGUGGGUGAGUGCUGUGUUAAUGCUUUUGUUGGCGGUACGUUUAAAGUGGAUCAAUUGGGAUUUAUCGCAAAGUUUUACCUUGCGCAUGGCCAUAACCAUAUUUACGGUGAUUUUAAUUUAUUCUGUGGGUCAAGUGAAUGUGUUUACUUGUGUUUCCGACCAUCCCUGCUCCAGUAAUAUUACCACCUCCGCACCCACUCUUGAGGAAGAUCUACUAAUGAUGGCCCAUCAAAGUGAGGCUCAUCGUAAAUGUUCUCUGCCCCAAUAUGUCUCACUAUCAGCCACAUUUGCUUUAUUAUCUGUAUCGGUGUUUUUAAGGUUGCCCAUUAUAUUUAAAUCAUUGCUGGUGAUAAUGAUGGGUGUCAUUUAUGGUUUAUUUAUCGAACUAUCCCACACGAAUAUUUUUGAUUGUUAUGACAGUCGUGUCAGCGCCUCGAUUCCACUUCAUUUAAUCUCAUUGGCUCGUAUUUUAAUUUUUAUGAUUGCCAUCCUUGUCCAUGGCCGUUUAGUUGAGUGGACAGCAAGGUUAGAUUUUCUGUGGCAAUUACAGGCAUCUCAAGAGAAAAAGGAAAUGGAUGUUUUGCAAGAGUCGAACAAAAGAAUAUUGCACAAUUUGUUACCAGCCCAUGUGGCUGCACAUUUUCUUGAUAAUCAAUUUCGCAGUAAUAUGGAACUAUACCAUCAAAGUUAUGCCAAAGUUGGUGUAAUAUUUGCCAGUGUGCCAAAUUUUCAUGAAUUUUAUACGGAAAUGGAUGGUUCCGAUCAGGGUCUAGAGUGUUUGCGUCUGCUUAAUGAAAUUAUAGCAGAUUUUGAUGAGUUACUUAAAGAAGAAAGAUUCCAUGGCAUUGAUAAAAUCAAAACUGUGGGUAGUACUUAUAUGGCUGUUGUAGGUUUAAUACCAGAAUAUAAAAUCAAUCCGGUGGAUCAAAAUUCUGUAAGACGUCAUAUGACCGCUUUGGUGGAAUAUGUUAAGGCUAUGCGCAUGUCUUUGCAGGAGAUAAAUAGUCAUUCCUAUAAUAAUUUUAUGUUAAGAGUUGGCAUUAAUAUUGGGCCUGUGGUGGCUGGCGUCAUAGGAGCCCGCAAGCCUCAGUAUGAUAUUUGGGGCAAUACAGUUAAUGUUGCCAGUCGCAUGGACUCGACUGGUAUACCAGGCUAUACACAAGUAACUCAAGAAGUUGUGGACAGUUUACAGGGCUCACAUUUUGAAUUCAAAUGUCGUGGCACUAUUAAGGUUAAGGGUAAAGGUGAUAUGAUUACCUAUUUCCUCAACGACAAUGCUAGCAAUGGCCUCAAUGGUGAGGUACGCAAUGCCAUGAUUGGUAACCGGCCAUCCUUUGGUCAGCUACCACAAACCCAACUGGCCAGCCAAUUACAACCCACUGAGUAUUAUCAAAAACAAAGUCAAUACCAAGAAAACAACUAUCAUGUCAAUAUGAAUUCCGAAACGUAUAAUGUAAAGAAAGAUUUCGGUUUCAAUAACAUGGAACAGGAGGGCAAUAAUGUCUUAAUUAAAGCCAAUUCCAUCAAUGAAGAGCAGCAGUUACUGCUGCAACAUAUGCAGCCGCAACAUCAUCAGCAUCAUUUGCAACAGCAGCAGCAACAAAGAAUGAAUAGUAAGUUGCAGAAACAACCGUUCCUUGCCAAUGGUGGACUACCCAAUAUACAUGAGAAUGGUCAUAAUGGUGAACAUAAUGGUAAUGAUCAUAAUGGUUUCACUAAUGGUUACAACAAUUAUCCAGGUGGCGGAGGAGUCGGUGGGAAUGGUUUCUCACAGCAGCAGCAGCAACAACAGCAGCAGACCGCUGCACAGCAUCAACGCCAGCAUUCUUCUAGUUCUAUGAGCAGUAUGGGUUUAAAUCCUAAUUCCAUAACACAGCAACAGCAACAACCUUUACCUCAACCACUACCACCACCAACUCCUCUAUCAUCUACAUCAGCAAUGUCCAAUAUAACACCCGCCCUACAGCAUCAUCAACUCCAAACUCAAAAUCAGAAUCAAAAUCAACAACCAGCAUCAUCCCUGACACCCGCAUCGCAACAACAAAUGCAUGAUCCUUACGCUCCGCUGGAAAAUUUCAAUAAUUUAUUGUAUGGUGCCGCUAACGGUGGUAAUGGUAAACGUGAACAAAUGCAUGCAUCCUCCAUCCUCCAUACAACAACAACAACAAAUCUAACUACUUCUACAACUACUACUACUACACCAACUUCUACCACUACUUCUACUACUGCAUUAAAUAAUUAUCAUCAUUAUUUGUAUCAGCAUCAUCCGGCAAUGCAACAACAUGCUCAUCAUAAUCUUAAUAAUCAUCUAUCACAUCUUAAUAAUUAUCAUCAACAACAACAGCAUAACAAUAAAAACUAUCAGCAGCAACAGCAACUACAACAACAGCAAACAUCUUCGUUGUCUUCUUCGCCCAUUUUGACUCACAACAACUCGAACUCGAAUCAUUUCAGCAAUUAUCACAAUUGUCGCGAAAGCGAACCGUUAUUGCUCGCCACCCAAGUGGCCAAGAUAAUGCCCAUGCAACAUCAUCAACAAAUGCAUCAUACUCCCACUAAAUAUGAACCACCACGUUAUAUGUGUCCCAAUAAUUUGUUUAUACAACAACAGCAACAACUCCAACAGAAUUACCAGCACUACCAACAACAGCAACAACAACAACAAUAUCCUCUGUACUCCCAACAACCACAACCUCCUCUACCAGCCCUACCACCCAAACCUGCCACAUUAACAACGAGUCUAAAACAGAAUACCCCUCUUCUACGAUCAUACAUGAAGCCUCUGCCGAAGCUACCAACUGAACUGGAAGAGAGUCGCGAAAUGUCUUCCACAGAUGAUCUAAGUUCCCGACCUCAUUCGCCCUCAAUGAGUUCGUCCGACGAAAGUUAUUCCAAAACCACCGAGGGAGAGGGUGAAGAGGACUCACCUCGCAUAACAGCAGCUAAUAAUCAUGUGACCCGCAACGGUGGCAAUCCCCUGCAAUGGCUUUAUCCCUGCGACAUACAAGUGGAUCCCACAUCACCCGUCAUCGACAUGUCCAAUCUGAAAGAUUUCGAAGUGAGCUCCACAACUGAAAGUCAGGGUCAGUACACCACAACAACACAAAAUAAGGGAGACUCCUGUAAUAGUUUUGAGUAUCAAGAUCGUUUGGUUUUGGCUCAAGGCAAACAGGGUCAAGGCGCGGGUCAAACAUCGGGAGGUGGCAAUCAAAAUGCCACCAAAUCACCAUUUGAGAGGGAAUUGCAAAGACUUUUAAAUGAAUCCUCUAGGGCUAGAGGUUUAGCAACUACAACACAUAAUUCAACAGCAGCCACAGCUUCUUCGUCGACGGGCGGUAAUAUAACAUCCGUUUCGGGGGGAAAUGCAGAAGGCGGCAAUACGACCAGCAACAGCAGUAGUCGCAACAACAUAGACAUAAGCUACUCUGGUAGUAAUAGUAAACUAAGUUCGAAUGGUCUGAAUGUGGCCGCUGGCAUUGGAGGAAGUGGUAGCUUGGGCAGUAAUGGCAACUUGAGCGGCAGUACUCCACUCAGUGGCAACAAUAAUUUGAAGAAUGUUACAACAGCCAUGGCAGCCACAAUAUUGGAUGAAUUGAAUUCGCCUACAACGGGAAGACUGCAAGGUUCGAAGAUACCUGUGAGUACAAGUUUCAUGAUUGCCAAACAUCCGGUGGGUCUAGAGGCUAUAAAGGAGAUAACCAGAAAUAAAAAUCCCUCAGAAUCCAGUCAAAUGCAAACAUCUGAUACCGAAUCAUGUGAAAUACUGCAUGAAACACGUAAUCAAUUAAAUUUGGCCAUGAUGGAUAUGACCAAUAAAUCUUCGACCUCAACAAAUGGUACAAACUACAACAACUAUCCUCAGCAUAUACAAAAUCAACAACAACAACAGCAGCUGCAGCAGCCGCAACAACAACAGCAACCAAUUGCAACCAAAGAACAUAAUCAUCGUCAUCGUAUGCGACCACGUUCCAAAGAUUUCGAUCAAAGUCACGAAAGCCUGGAUCAAUUAGACGAUCCGGCCGAUAAUAAAAACUCACGCUACAAUCGUCAUCAUCAUCACCACCAUCAUCACCAUCACACAAAUCACCACGGUCACAAUCAUCAGCGACAACGGAACAAUCAUCAACAUCAUGCCAAUAAUCAUGAUGAAGAUGAACGUGACGAUACGGAGGAUAAUUUGGCCGAUGAAGAAUUUGAGGAUGAUGAAGUUGGUCGUGAUGUACGCAAAAAACGUUUGGCUCAACCCGACAUGAUCAAUCACCAUCUUCAGCAGCAGCAACUGCAGCUGCAACAUCACCAUCAGCGUGGUCCAUAUCAUAGUGAAGACGAUUUAGACGAUGAAGAGGAUGAGGAGCAUGAUUGUGGUCCGGAGGAGGCUUUGGUCGGAGCUUUAUCGAAUGGUUUGCACGAUCAUCGCAACGAUUUAAUGGAAGCGAAUGUGAUAAAUGAUGAGCUCAAAUAUGGUGCCGGUCAUCAUAAUCAUCAGUCGAUGGACUCGAAUCAUUUGGAAAGUCAAUCCGAGUGGUCGGAUGAUGAUUGUAGGGAAGAAGCUACAGGAGGUGCUGAAUCUACCGGCUAUAUCACAGAUGAGCCGGGUUUGGAAAAUAUUUCUCUAUUAAAUGAGGCCGGUUUAACCGAUGCCGAAGGUGCUUUAUCCGAUGUCAAUUCUUUAUACAAUGCCCCCGACGUGGACGAUACAUCUGUGUCAAGUCGUGCCAGUUCCAGACUAUUAAGUUUAGAUUCCUUAAGUGGUUUAUAUGAUUGUGAUAUGGAUUCAAAGCAUGAAAUGGCUAUUGUAAAUGUAUCGCAUAAAAUAACCAGUAAAUUUGGAACACCACAACAGCAGCAGCACUUGCAACACCAGCACCAGCAAUCCCAACAUCAACAACAACAGCAGCAACAACAAAGUUAAUUAAACCUUUACUGAUUACUUUACUAAAUACAUACACUAGUGUAUUGAUGAUAGAGGAAGUGAGAAACUCACCCCUAAACACUACUCUAUUCUCAUAUAAUUAGAGAUUAAGUUAUGAAAUACACUACUUUUCCUUUAGAUGUAUGAAUGCAUAUAUUGAAAAAUAAACAACAGUAAUAUGAAAACCUAAACCUUAAUUUAAAAAAUAAUGGUGUCUAUUAACAACUUAAUACUACUUAAUUAGAUGUGUAUGUGUUAAAUAUAUAUUUAAAAGAAAAUAAUAAAAAUAAAUAAAGUAUUUUUUGAUAGCAGUAUAUUUACAUUUAAACAAACAACAAUUUAUCAAAAAUAAAAACAUAAAAAUCUUCAUAAAAGGUACAUAAUCUUUAAGUUAGAAUGACAAGUCAAAGAAAUUAAAUUAAACUAAACAAAUAUAUGGGGCAUUUCAUGUCAA